AUGGCUGAAAGCUUGAGAAUCACGGUUGAAAGGAACCCUUCAGAGGCACAACUUUUAGAGUUGAACAUCAAGUGCUGGCCCAAGUGGGGUUGCUCUCCAGGGAAAUACCAACUAAAAUUUGAUGCAGAAGAGACCUGUUAUUUGUUGAAAGGGAAGUUGAAGGCAUAUCCAAACGGGUCAUCAGAGUAUGUGGAGUUUGGAGCAGGAGAUCUUGUAAUAAUACCAAAAGGACUCAGUUGUACUUGGGAUGUCUCUGUAGCCAUUGAUAAGCACUACAAGUUUGAGUCUUAUUCGUCUUCAUCAUCUUCUAAGUGGGUUUAUAGUUUCAUCACUACUACUGAUCAAUUCAAUUCGGAUGAUUUGGACACCGGCCUCUCUGAAGUGAUUGGUGCUUCCUGUUUAAAGGCUAAAUAUCAUCUGUGUCUUCUUCUUGGGCUGUCAUUUGGGGGUUGGGUGGAUGUGUUGGGCUGCCUUGAGAGAUGUCCAUUGGGGAGUCUCUUUGAGUCCAUGAGUGAGGGUUGGUGUCUAAAAAUUAGGGUGGGAAAGAAGAGGUUGAGUGUAGGAUAUAUUAUCAUACAAGAGGGAUGGCAGCGGGUAGGGUAG